CCAAGUUCUGUUCUGUGCACAGAGAGAACUGAACUUCCGAUCAGAGAGAACUGAACCCACAAAGUCCCCAUCCAAGACCUAACCCAAGUGUGUCCUAGACAGUACCAGGCAGGUGGUGGCCUGAGAAUUCUGUGCCUGCUUCCUGAGGACUGCUCCACCAUGCAACGGCUGAUGAAGUUCCGAGUCCUCUGGGACAUCCACAGAGCCCGCUGUGGCUUCCACCCUGCCCUUCAGCGCCUGCGCUGCCAGUCUUUAUCGGGAGCUGGAGCCCUAAGAUGGAAUGACAGUGAUACACCUGAGGAAUUUAACUUUGCAAGUGAUGUACUGGACUACUGGACUCAAAUGGAGAAGGAAGGCAAGAGAGGUCCAAACCCAGCCCUGUGGUGGGUGAAUAACCAAGGGGAUGAAGUGAAGUGGAGUUUCAGAGAGAUGACAGACUUAACCCGUCGUGCAGCCAACGUCUUCACACAGACCUGUGGCCUCCAGGAGGGAGACCAUCUAGCCUUGAUUCUGCCUCGAGUGCCUGAGUGGUGGCUGGUGAUCGUGGGCUGCAUCCGAACAGGGAUCGUCUUCAUGCCAGGGACCACCCAGAUGAAGGCCAAGGACAUUCUCUACCGACUACAAGUGUCUAAAGCCAAGGGCAUCGUGACCACAGAUACCCUUGCCCCAGAGGUGGAUUCUGUGGCCUCUGAGUGUCCUGCUCUGAAAACCAAGCUCCUGGUGUCUGACCACAGCCGUAAAGGGUGGCUGGACUUCCGAUCACUGAUUCAAUCAGGAUCCCCAGUUCACACCUGUAUUAAGUCAAAGACCCUGGACCCAAUGGCCAUCUUCUUCACCAGUGGGACCACAGGCUUCCCCAAGAUGGCAAAGCACAGCCAUGGACUUGCUCUGCGAUCCUUCUUCCCUUCAUGCAGGAAAUUACUGCAGCUGAAGACGUCUGAUGUCCUCUGGUGCCUGUCAGACACAGGCUGGAUUCUAGCUGUCGCAGGGUUCCUGCUUGAACCAUGGACAGCGGGGUCUACAGUCUUUGUCCAUCAUCUGCCCCAGUUUGAUCCCAAGGUCAUUGUACAGACAUUAUUCAAAUACCCUAUUACCCAAUGCCUUGCUGCACCCUCUGUAUUUCGAAUGAUUCUGCAGCAGAAUUCCACCAGCCUCAGGUUCCCCACCCUGGAGCACUGCUGUACUGGUGGGGAGGCCCUGCUGCCCGAGGAGCAAGAGCUGUGGAGAAGACAGACAGGCAUUCUGCUCUACCAGGCCUACGGACAGUCAGAGACGGGAACAACUUGUGGCACUCUCCGGGGGAUGAAGAUCAAGCCGGGUUCCAUGGGGAAGGCCAUCCCACCCUACGACAUUCAGAUCAUUGAUGACAAGGGCAACAUCCUGCCGCCCAACACUGAAGGAAACAUUGGCAUCAGGAUCAAGCCCACCAGACCCAUAGGCGUCUUCAUGCGCUAUGAGCAGUGGCUGCAACCUAGGCAACCCCAGACCCACGGAAGUUCUGCCAUACCAGUGCUCCUGGUGGUGAUGCCAGCAACAGAAGUGACACCAGCAACAGCAAGGCACCAGUGACUCCAGGGGCACAAGAAGCAAUUACGAGGGCAUGGGGCCACACCUUGCACAGAGAUAAUGGAAGAUGGAAAGUGCAGAUUCUCAAAUACCGCAAGAGGCAGCUCUGGAAAGGCAAACCAAAAACUUGUGCUAUAGUGCCACCUACUUAAAAACAAAGGAAACACCUCUAGUUACCAAUUGUUGGUUUGUUAGAAACAAAGUAAGCAAAACUUUAUCUCUCAAGAAAGGUGUUGGAUACUUAAAUGCACUGGCACAGGAACAUUUCAUCAAGCACCAUGAAAAACAAUAGCAAUGCAGUAUCCCAAAAAGAAAAUGACAAUUCUCCAGAAACCAAACUGAAAAUCACAGAAGAGCCUGCUUUAACUGAUGGAGAAUUCAAUAUAGCUAUCAUGAAGAAACUCAAUGAGCUACAAGAAAACUCAGAAAAGCAAUUCAAUGAGCUCAGGAAUAAAGUUGAUGAACAGAGGAAUACUUUACAAAAGAGAUUGGUUACCCUAAAAAAGAAACAAAUUCUGGAGCUGAAGAACUCUAUAAAAUGAAAUAAAGUCAGUAGAAGGAAGGAAAUAAAAAUCAGAGCAGAAACAAAUGCAAUAGAGACUUAAAAGACAAUAGAAAAGAUCAAUGAAAGAAAGCUGGUUCUUUGCAAGAUAAACAAAAUUGACAAACCUGUAGCUCAACUCACAGAAGAAAAGAGAGAAGGCACUGAUAAAUAAAAUAAAAAACAAAAGAGGUGUAAUAACGAUACUACAGAAAUACAAAAGAUUGUGAGAAUAUUAUGAACCAAAAAUGGACAACCUAGAAUAAAUGGAAACAUUCUUAGAAUCAUGCAACCUUCUAAGAUUGAAUCAUGAAGAAAUAGAAAAUCUGGAUAGACUGAUAAACAUUAAGCACAUUGAAACAGUAAUUGAAAACCUCCCAGAAAACCAGAUGGCUGCACUGGUGAAUUCUACCAAACAUUCAAAGAAGAUUUAAUACCUAUCAUAUUCAAACUAUUCCAAAACAUUGAAGAGGAAGGACUGUUCCCUAAUUCAUUUUACAAGGCCAACAUUAGACUGAUACCAAACCAGACAAGGAUAACACACAAGAAAAAGAAAAUUGCAAGCCAAUAUCUCUGAUGAACAUAGAAGCAAAAGUUAUCAACAAAAUAUUAGCAAACCUAAUACAACAAUACAUUAAAAGGAUUAUACACCAUGAUGGAAUGGGACUUAUUACAGGGAUCCAAGGAUGGCUCAAUAUAUGCAAAUCAAGCAACGUGGUACACCACAUUAACAAAACAAAGAAUAAAAAUCAUAUGAUUAUCUCUA